AGAUAGCGCCGCCAUUCAAGCGAGGAAUUUCAAACAGCUGUCAGUCCCGCGCGGAAGGUCUGUGGGGGUGAGACGCUGCCGGUCGCGAGCAUGUGUGGGUUCCACGCGCUGAAGGCCUGCGGGGUCGCCAUAGCUGUGUUUGCUAUACUAGGAUCCCUGGGUACAGAAGGCUUUUUUGCAUGGAAAGUCUACGAAGUGAAUAACGAAUGCGACAACAACGUCUCUAUUUGCAGACAUGAAGACUUGGAAGUGCGGUCAUACGUUGGCUUAGCAGAAGGCAUUUUGGGGACGGCGGUGUCCGUAUGCUUUGCCAUUGGCUUUGGUGCCCCUGCCGUCGCCCUUAUUUGGGUGUGGAUGUUCUGGGCUCUGGGAAUUUCAGGUUAUAAUUCCUACUGCAUCUAUGACUUCCACCAAGCCAUCAUUGGGAACCAGUCGAGCUUUCCUUGGGACACGGUCGUUGAUGACGAUUAUGGAUUUUUCUUUAUCGAGGCUAUCUGCUCCGUUUCCUUGCACCUCUUUAUCGUUAUUAUCACUCUGCCCCUUGGCGUUGCUCUCACUCGCAUGUACUGGAAAGGGAACAUCGCAAGUUAUACUGUGUACAACUGGGACAACGACGCAUUCGAGAUGGACUAAAGGCGAGGCUGCUCCACAUGGGUGUGCUAUGGUUCUGUUCCCGUCUGCCUCAGCAAGUUCAUCAUUUCAUCGGAAGGAGUGAUUUGCAUUAUACUCAUAAAUAUGGAAUCACGUGUGCGGACGUACACGUAUGUAUGUCUCUGACUAAUAUUGUCUAGCAUCUGUUAAUUUUUUUUCCGUGUUUCUGUCUCUACAUAUAAAUUCUCUCCCUCUCUCUCUCUCUCUCUCUCUCUCUCUCUCUCUCUCUCUCUCUAUAUAUAUA